CGUCCCCACGCCGACCCCACCCCACCCCCUCCACUACCCUUCUCCCCUCCCUCCCAUCCCCCACCCCUGUCUGCCAGGUCGGAGGAGGGUUUAAAGCCAGGUGCGCCGAGUCAGCUCGCCAUGUCCAGAUCCGGGGACCGGACCUCCACCUUCGACCCCAGCCACAGCGACAACCUGCUGCACGGCCUCAAUCUGCUGUGGAGGAAGCAGCUGUUUUGCGACGUGACCCUGACGGCCCAGGGCCAGCAGUUCCACUGCCACAAGGCCGUGCUGGCCUCCUGCUCGCAGUACUUCCGAUCGCUUUUCUCCAGUCAUCCCCCUCUCGGGGGAGGGGUCGGCGGCCAGGACGGUCUGGGGCCCCCCAAGGACCAGCAGCCGCCGCAGCAACAGCCGCCGCCGCCGCAGGAGGAGCCGGGGACUCCUUCCUCCUCCCCCGACGACAAGCUGCUGACCAGUCCUCGGGCCAUCAACAACCUGGUGCUGCAGGGCUGCUCGUCCAUCGGGCUGCGCCUGGUGCUCGAGUACCUCUACACGGCCAACGUGACCCUCUCCCUGGACACGGUGGAGGAGGUGCUGUCGGUCAGCAAGAUCUUGCACAUCCCCCAGGUCACCAAGCUCUGCGUGCAGUUCCUCAACGACCAGAUCUCGGUGCAGAACUACAAGCAAGUGUGCAAGAUCGCCGCACUGCACGGCCUGGAGGAGACCAAGAAGCUGGCCAACAAGUACCUGGUGGAGGAUGUGCUGCUGCUCAACUUCGAGGAGAUGCGCGCCCUGCUGGACUCGCUGCCGCCCCCCGUGGAGUCGGAGCUGGCGCUCUUCCAGAUGUCCGUGCUGUGGCUGGAGCACGACCGCGAGACCCGCAUGCAGUACGCGCCCGACCUCAUGAAGCGCCUCCGCUUCGCGCUCAUCCCGGCCCCCGAGCUGGUGGAGCGGGUCCAGUCAGUGGAUUUCAUGCGCACCGACCCGGUCUGCCAGAAGCUGCUGCUGGACGCCAUGAACUACCACCUGAUGCCCUUCAGGCAGCACUGCAGGCAGAGCCUGGCCAGCAGAAUUCGCUCUAACAAGAAAAUGCUGUUGUUGGUUGGUGGAUUGCCUCCUGGGCCGGACCGGCUCCCCAGCAAUUUGGUUCAGUACUAUGAUGAUGAAAAGAAGACGUGGAAAAUCCUCACAAUUAUGCCAUACAACAGUGCCCAUCACUGCGUUGUGGAGGUGGAAAACUUCCUGUUUGUAUUGGGUGGAGAGGACCAAUGGAACCCUAAUGGAAAACACAGUACAAAUUUUGUCAGCAGAUAUGAUCCCCGAUUUAAUAGCUGGAUACAACUUCCGCCCAUGCAAGAAAGAAGAGCCAGUUUCUAUGCAUGUCGGUUGGACAAACAUUUAUACGUUAUUGGUGGACGGAAUGAAACUGGCUACUUGUCCAGCGUGGAGUGCUAUAACCUAGAAACAAAUGAAUGGCAUUAUGUGUCCCCCUUGCCACAGCCUCUGGCAGCUCAUGCAGGAGCAGUGCACAAUGGGAAAAUAUACAUUUCAGGGGGUGUACACAAUGGAGAAUAUGUCCCAUGGCUAUAUUGCUAUGACCCCGUCAUGGACGUCUGGGCUCGAAAACAAGAUAUGAACACAAAACGCGCCAUCCACACUUUGGCUGUAAUGAAUGAUCGCUUGUAUGCAAUUGGAGGAAAUCAUUUGAAAGGUUUCUCCCACCUCGAUGUAAUGCUCGUGGAAUGCUAUGACCCAAAAGGUGACCAGUGGAAUAUUCUCCAGACUCCCAUUUUGGAGGGUCGCAGUGGUCCUGGCUGUGCAGUGCUAGAUGACAGCAUUUACCUUGUGGGAGGCUACAGCUGGAGUAUGGGAGCCUACAAGUCAUCUACAAUAUGCUAUUGUCCAGAAAAAGGCAGCUGGACAGAACUUGAAGGAGACGUAGCAGAACCACUGGCAGGCCCAGCCUGUGCAACAGUUAUCCUGCCUGCCUGUGUACCUUACAACAAAUAACACCAGGAAACCCUGGAAUGAACAGUAUCGCAUUCUAGGAAGCAAUGACAGGUGACAUCCCUAUUAUAAUAGGAACAAUACAUCCUAAUGGUACAACUGCCGAAACUCCAUUCUUGGUUUCUGAUGAUUUACAAGAAGCUACAAAAGAAGAAGACCUGUCCUUGAACAGGUACUCUGUCUGUAACUCGGAUUACACCGAACUUCCUGUGGUGAUAGACUCUUCCGUUUCAGACUGGUUUUAACUUGUCCCAGCUUUAUAAAAACUCCUCACAUGGAUCUCAACUUUCAAAAGGAGAAAGAUAAAAUACAGGAGAGUGCCCCCCAGAGAGACCUAAGAUCAGUAUUGUGCAUUGUAGUCUACCUGCAUGUGAUCUGUGUUGAAGUUUUGGGGAUAUUGUGUUCAUGAAUGAUGCAAAAUUUGACCCACCAAAAGACUCACACUGCAUUACAGAAAUUGCCACUUGAUUCUGUAUUCCUAACCUGUGGCGACUUCACAGAUUCCGUAGGCAACACAGUUAUAGAAAAUCAUAAAAGAUUAAAGAGGAACAUUUUUGUUUCCAUAUAACUUCAUUUCAUAUACCUUUUGCCCCUUACAGCACCUCGUGGGAAUGUAGAAGAGAAAGAUAUUGGCUCUUGUAGCAAUUGCUUUCUGCCCUGUAGGUUCCAGGCUAGCCAGAGUCAUAAUUUCUGUGUCCUCAGUUUUAUCCGAAAGAUUAAGACAAAAUACGGUGUGUCACCAUUCAGUUUAUAGAGGCUCACUCUUUCUCAUUUGGAGCAGCAUAUUAAGUCAUGAAUACACCUUGUCUUUGCUUCGAAAAUAUAGGACUGACAAAGACAGUCAUGCAAUAUUGAAUAUUCUGUAAAUAGCACAUCUGGCCCAAACUUAACCCCUAAUGAAAACUGAGAGAUUGCUUUCGGAAAUUCAGGGACGAAAAGACAGAUUUCUCUGAAGAACUGUCCCCUUUUCUCUCUGUCC